AGAUGAGUCUCCUUCAGGAAAAACUGUCCGGGAAAUAAAAUUACAGAUCAACACCACACAGGGUUAGUACCUGGGAGGAAAGGUCGGCCCACACUGCCUGGCCUUCAUCCUGGACGGUGACAGACUUCACUCCAGAUAGGAUCACAUUUUUGGCUAUUUCUACCCCAAGACCACGCAUGCCUGCAAUGAGGACGUUGGCUGUGCCCAACCGGUGCAUCGCCUCGUGACCCAGAACAUACCUGUGCACGUAAAGGAACAUGUGGAUCUCUGGACCAGCAGUCUGUUAAAUUGAUUGCUCGGUUUGUGCCGGUAAUACUUACAGCUGUCUGGAGUAGAGCCCUUCAUCGAUUUCACCGAUUUCUGACAUGUUGCACUCGCAGUCUUCACUAUAAGAUGACCUGUUUCAAGUGAGGAAUCAGCUGGACUGACAACCGAAGAGGUCAACACAGGAACUGAAUGAGAACUGGGUGGGACAAGUUGUGAAAUGACAGUUUAGAGGGCUCCUGCUGAUUCUCCAGAAUGUUCUCUUUGAUGAAAGUAUCUUAUAGGUAGCACUUAAUCACGGUGGACUGUGACGUGGAGAUGGUCACUUGGGCCGCCUUGCUGACGGUAUGCAUAUGGUUACAAACACAAAUAGCCUUAGGACAGCACACAUGUGCGUAUACUCCACGCAGGCUGGUGGAUUUCACUGUAAAAUACUCCCUCCCCCACUUCCAAACAGACAAACCUAUACAGAACAUAGCUGUGAACCGAGAGGAGAAUCACUCAGACGUGUAUGUUGCAUGCCAGAAUGUAAUAGAGGCCGUCAGCUAUACUAUGGAGAAAAUAUGGGAGGUGAAAACUGGACCUGUUGGCAGUCCUGACUGUAAAACAUGUGGAGUGUGUGACAUAGAAAUAGAUCCUGUGGAUCCUGUGGAUACAAACAAUAAGGUUCUGCUUUUGGAUAUUUCCGCAUUGCCCUCUCCCUACUUGUACAUGUGUGGGAGUACUCAGCAUGGGAUCUGUCACUUCAUUGACAUUGGCACUUCAGAGCUCGAGCCUCAGUGUUUAUUCAAAAAGGAGAGAAACUCUGCAACCAACUGUCCAGAGUGUCUGGCCAGCCCCCUUGGCACUGAAAUCAUCAUAGUUGAAGACUCAGCCACAUUGCUCUUCUUUGUAGCGGCCUCUGUCAAUGAGAAGGUGGCACAGAGGUAUCCAAGGAGGUCAAUAUCCGUGGUCAGGCCACUUGCAACUGACGAUGGCUUUCAUAUGGUCAUGAAUGGUCUGACAGUGCUCCCCAGCCUACAGGACUCUUACAAGAUCGAUUACAUCUACAGCUUCUCCACCAGUGUGUACGUCUACUUCCUGUCCCUGCAGAGAGAAAAUCCAUCCAAGAGCAAUUCAGCUUUUCAGACUCGUCUGGGACGACUGCCGAUUGAAAUCCCAGAGGUGUGGAGGUACAAAGAGGUGGUGCUGGAGUGCCGGUACGAACCAAAGCGCAGACGGAGAGACGGUUUCAAGGACAUUGUAUAUAACGGGCUACAAGCAGCACACUUAGGACGAGCGGGGAAGGACUUGGCAGAGGAGCUGAGGGUGAGCGAGGCAGAAGACAUUCUGUAUGGGGUGUUUGCAGAGGUGAAUGAGCAUGGUGAACCUCAAAAACACUCUGCCCUGUGUGCCUUCUCUUUGACUAAAGUAAACAAUGCGAUUGAUAAAGGCGUGGAAGCCUGCUGCAAGUCAGGUCCAGAGCAGCUAUCCAGAGGUCUCUGUCACUUCCAGACGUGCGAGAACUGCCCACAUGAAAGCGCUGAAGGUAAUGACAAAUGCAGUGAAGAACCCACUCUGGUGUCAAAGCCAUACUACAGACUAGACCUCUUCAACAGGCAGAUGAGAGGCGUCCUUUUCACCUCUGUCCUGGUCACCACUGUUGGGAAUCACACGCUGGGCCACAUUGGUACCUCAGAUGGCCGGAUACUUCAGGUGAUUCUCACUCUGUACAGGCCUAUUGUUUUUGCCAACUAUUCUCUUGGAGAAACACAAGUGUCCAGGACAGCAGAAGUGUACUCAAACGAUUCACUUCUCUUCGUAGUGGGAAAUAAGAUGUUCAGGGUGCCCUCUGCAGGUCCGGGGUGUGCACAUUUCAUGACAUGCUCCAUGUGUUUGACUGCUCCACUUUUCAUGAACUGUGGCUGGUGUUCGGGAAUCUGCUCGAGGCAGCAUGAGUGUACCUCGCAGUGGAACAAAGACUCGUGUGCACCUGUCAUAACAGAGUUUUCCCCUAAAAUGACACCUGCUGGUGCUGAGACAGAAGUCACACUGUGUGGCUGGGAGUUUCAGUCUCCUCUGCGACCCGCCAUCAUCAGUGGCAAAACCCACAUCAUCACAGUGGGUUCUGGGACCUUGUGUACUGUCCAGCCGGAAAAGAGCAGUAGUGAAGUGCUAGUAUGCAAGAUUCAGGAAAACACACCUAACAAGAACCUCACCAUCACUCUGGAUGUGCACGAGGGGGAAGUGGAGGGCCGCUACUCAAUUGAAGGCAAAGCUCAGAUGCCUGGCUUCUCUUUUGUGGUGCCUAGCAUAACUGAAAUCCGCCCUGACUAUGGACCAGUGUUUGGAGGAACGACGGUUACACUGACGGGCAGAUAUCUUCAUUCUGGGACACAGAGAGACGUCUUCUUUGCUGACAAAAAGUGCAGCAUUCAAAGUGCUCCUGAGGGAAGUGGGACUUCUUCAAUCAUCUGCCAAACAGCAGCUGCAGCAGGUGUUGGGAAUGUACCUGUGAAAAUCUUAAUUGACAACUUCCCAGUGACGGCCACUCAGAUGUUCUUCUACAAGAAAAACCCUGUUAUACUCUCUGUAAAUCCUCAUUGCAGUUUCCAAAGUGGCUCCAAGUUGGUGAUCGAAGGUCAGAAUCUUGACUCUGCCCACAAAACUGUGGUUCAGUACAUAUCCAGGAAUCCCAUCCUGCAAUCUCUUGAAAAAGUAUGCAGCGGCACAGCAAAUGCCUCAUAUAAGGAGUGCUGGGCCCCUGCUUUUCCAAAGGAAAUGCCAGAUGAAAAGUCUGACGGAGAGAUUUUGAUUCACAUGGACGGGAAAAGGAAUCUCUGGAAGAAGCGUUUUGACUACUACCCUGAAGCCGAAAUAUUUUCCUUUGAACAUGAAAACAAGGAAUUACCUCUAAAACCAGGAGACACAGAAGUUUCACUGCAUCAUAGCAAACUGAGUACAGUGAACACAUGCAUGGAGAUCAAAAUGACCAUUGGGGGUGUGAACUGUAAAACCCAGGUUCUGUUAAACGAGCUGACCUGCAGAAUUCCAAAAGGCCUGGUUAUUCCCAGCGAGGGAUUGCCUGUCGAGGUUUCUGUAAAUGGGAAAGUUUACGAUGUGGGUAAAGUAGUCAACGAUGACACCAACAACAUAACUGUGAUUGUUGGCAUUGUGUUGGGCGUCCUUGCUGCAUUGGUAGUCGGGGCUAGCUUUGCAUUACUUGUGAUGAUCCAUUUGAGGAAAAAAAAGAGAGCCAACAUAGAGAAUCGUUUAUCAACAAGGCUUUCACGGAACCGCAUGGGCAGCAAUAAUGAUUUCUCCCCGACAGGUGACUACAGACGAGUGGAUCUUAGCAGUCAAACAUCAGGUUCAGGAGGAACAGCCUUCCAAGGUUUAUUUUAUGCUGCCAGCUAUGAUCAUCUGGCCAUUCCUUUAAUGCCCCGGGACAAUAUGUCAAUGAUCAGUUUAAGUUCUGAUCUUCUUGAAGAGGUCAAAGAUGUCCUGAUCCCUGCUGAGAUGCUCCGAAUUGAGGAUAGCCAGAUUAUCGGCAAAGGCCACUUUGGGACAGUUUAUCAUGGAUACCUGAUAGACAGCAAUAAGCAAGAGACCCACUGUGCUGUUAAAUCACUAAACCGGAUCACAGAUGUGGGGGAGGUGGACCAGUUCCUCAGAGAGGGCAUCCUCAUGAAAGGUUUCCACCACCCCAACAUACUGUCUCUGCUGGGCAUCAUGCUGCCUAAAGAAGGGCUCCCUCUGGUGGUUCUACCGUAUAUGAAGCAUGGGGAUGUGCGUCAUUUCAUCCGCUCUGAAAAAAGGAACCCGACAGUAAAAGACCUGAUAGGCUUUGGGCUUCAGGUUGCCAAAGGGAUGCAGUAUUUAGCCCAGAAGAAAUUUGUCCACAGAGACCUGGCUGCACGUAACUGCAUGCUGGAUGAAACCUACACAGUAAAGGUGGCUGACUUCGGCAUGGCAAGGGACAUCUAUGAUAAGGAGUACUACAGCAUUCAAGAUCACAAACGGGUGAAGUUGCCAGUGAAGUGGAUGGCCAUCGAAAGCCUGCAAACACAAAAGUUCACUAUCAAGUCUGAUGUGUGGUCAUAUGGCAUCUUAUUGUGGGAGCUGUUGACCAGAGGUGCGAGCCCAUAUCCAGAUGUGGACCCCUAUGAUAUCACACACUACUUGUUGAAGGGACGCCGGCUUCCUCAGCCACAGUUUUGCCUUGAUACUCUCUUUUCUAUCAUGCUGACAUGUUGGGACCCGGAGCCUGAGUUCAGACCUAGCUUCAAUAGCCUGGUUCAGGACGUACAACACAUCCUUUCGUGUCUGGAAGGAGAGCACUACAUCAGUCUGAAGGUUAACUAUGUCAACUUAGACCAGCCACGGCCCUACCCGUCCCUGACUGGAUCUGCGGAUGAGGCCGAGGCCUCAGACUUUGACUCAGACAGUUAUGCUGCCAACUGAGUGUGCAAAAUCCUAAAACUCUCCGAUAGGAAUGCAGGAUCCGGAUUAAAGAUGGACAGAAAAUGAAACAAGUUAACCUGGAUCUAUUCACAUAGAUUGUUGAUCAUGUCUACAAACAUGCACGUGGAAGGUUUGCCUACUGAUAUAAAAGGCACUGUAUCACGCUGGAAGUUUCCCAUUCUUGUUACCAUAUUUAAUUUGUAGCAAAAUAGAGACAACAUGUGGAUGAAAGUAACUGUUUUAAGUUUCAAACAUCUGAAGCACAAGUGCGACAAAAAUGAAUGUAAAAUGUGCUUUUGUUCUCAGACUUGUAGAAUAGGAUGUGGGGCUACCUGAGACUGUGCUGUAAAUAUGUCUCUAAACCACUGCAUUAGACUGUGAGACACGGGUCUAUAAAUGCUGACAUGUGCUUUUCCUGCUAUAUGGGGAUAUAAUAUAGAUUAUAUCCCCAUAUAGGCUGUAGAAUAUAUAUUUAAUACAAAGGGAUUUGUACAUUGGAAAUCAUCAUACUGGAUGCAGAAUAACUCUUCUCAGAUUUAGAGCCGUUGAUACUGCCAGCAGAUCUGCACCUACUGAAUUAUACAGUGAGCUGUCCGUGCUGUUCAGAUAUCAUCUGAGGCUUAGAAACACAUCGAGUACCAGUCAUUAUCACUAGAGGGCAACCAUUGCCUCCUUCUGCAGCAUACUUCAAUUGCUGCUGCAGUGAUGUCUGCUGCACUACAGCAAGACAAAGAUGUUUUACACAAACAGUAAAACUACAUUCAUCUGAACCUCUGAACAGAAUCUUUCAACUCAAUCAACAUAGCAUAGCAUGUUGUCCAAACUACACAUUUCUCAUUGUUUCCUGCAUGUAAUUAAAAUGACCUUAAUAGCAAAUUAGACAAGCAAAGGGAUUCUGGAAUUAUGCAAUGAUUUUACUACUUAGACUGACAAUGCAGUACGGUUUAGCCAAAGAAAAUGUUUAUGUUGAUCAACAAGCUUUCUACCAGGGGUAAUAUAUUUGGUUCUGUUAUAUUUUUGUCAUUGCUUGGUUUUCUCUUCUUCCUUGAACUGAUGUUUCUUUGCUCUAUGUUGCACUGCAAAGAGUGUUUUUGUACAGACAAAUGUGCAUACUAAAAAGUGUCCACAAAUAAACUGUCUUCCCAGACUUUU